AUGGCCACCAAACCUUUUGCAAUCGUCGCUGGUGUCGGCCCUGGAACGGGAGCGAGCAUUGCCCGAAAAUUCACCCAAGCCUACUCCGUGGUCGUGCUCGCCCGUAACCCCUCCAACUACAACAGCGUCGUGAACGAGAUCAACUCGUCGGGCGGCCAAGCACUCGGGAUCAGCGCGGACGUCUCGGACAGCGCCAGCGUGAAGACCGCCUUUGAAAAGAUCGCCCAGCAGCACAAGGACACGCCUCUUGCGGCAGCAGUGUUUAACUCCGGCGGCGGCUUCGUGCGCAAGCCGUUCCUCGAGCUGACCGAGGAGGAGUUCGCGAAUGGGUUUAAGAGUCAGGGAAUUGGCGCGUUCAACUUCGCAAAGAGCACCCUUCCGCUUCUCCAAAAGGCCACCGGCUUGCAAUAUCCGCCAACCCUAAUCUUCACCGGCGCGACCGCGUCUGUCAAGGGCUCUGCGAACUUCUCUGCUUUUGCAUCGGGCAAGUUUGCCCUCCGUGCGCUGGCGCAGUCGCUGGCAAGAGAGUUCGGACCGAAGGGCGUGCACGUCUCGCACGUUAUUAUCGACGGCGUGAUUGAUAUUCCACGGACGAAGGAGUGGGCGAAUGAGCAUCCGGAUGGCAAGCUUGACCCUGACGCUAUUGCCGACGCCUACUGGCAUCUCCACACGCAGCCACGUACGACGUUUGGAUUCGAAUUGGACCUGAGGCCGUACGUUGAGAAGUGGUAG